AAACAGUCGCGCAGUGAUGACGUUGAGGGGGUCUGGCUAGGCGUCGCGGACUCCGGAGAUGGAGGAAAAGGAGCAGCUGCGGCGGCAGAUACGCCUCCUGCAGGGUCUAAUUGACGACUAUAAAACCCUCCACGGCAAUGGCCCUGCCCAUGGCUCCUCAUCAGCUACUCGGUGGCAGCCACCUGUGUUCCAGGGUGGCAGGACCUUUGGCUCCCGCUACUCCCGUCCAAAUCGGAGGGGCUUCUCUUCACACCAUGGCCCUUCAUGGCGCAAGAAAUACUCCCUUGUGAAUCAGCCUCUGGAAUCUUCUGACCCAGCCAGUGAUCAUGCUUUGCAGGCAUCCCUCCGUGAGGAUAGCCAGCAUCCUGAACCCCAGCCGUACGUCCUGGAGAGACAGGUCCAGCUCAGUCCAGAUCAGAAUAUGGUCAUUAAGAUCAAGCCACCAUCAAAGACAGGCUCUAUCAAUGUUUCAGGGGUCCAGCGGGGUUCCUUGGAAGACUGUGAUGACCCCUCUUGGAGUGACCAAAGACCCCAAGGAAGCGAGGUUGAGGUCCCUGGUGGACAGCUGCAGCCUCCAAGGCCAGGAAGAACCAAGAUGGGUUACAGUGUGGACGACCCCCUCUUGGUCUGCCAGAAGGAGCCUGGCAAGCCUCGGGUAGUGAAGUCUGUGGGCAGAGUUAGUGACAGCUCUCCUGAGCACCGGCGGACAGUCAGUGAAAGUGAAAUUGCCAUCAAGGCACACUUCCCAUCCUCUGUCCUGCCCCAACGCACUGGUGUGGCUCUGGGCCGGAAGGUCGGCCUUCAUUCUACCAGCUAUUCUGAACAGUUUAUUGGAGACCAAAAAGCAAAUAUUGGCCAUGCAGACCGACUAGCUUCCUUGGGGUCAGUGGUGGCUCCAGUCAGACCAGCAACGGGAACCAGGCAUGUCAGGGAGGCCUCACUGCUAGUGUCUUGUCGAACCAGCAAGUUUCGGAAAAACAACUACAAAUGGGUAGCUGCCUCACAAAAGAGCCCCCGGGUCACUCGGAGAGCUCUCAGUCCCAGAGCAACUCUGGAGAGUGUGAACAAGGCCACUUUCGGUAUGGGUGUAAAGACCGAGAAGUCACAGCAUAAGGUUGACCCAGUGGCGAGGCCUGAGAAACUGGCCACACCAGUCAAGGCUGGAGCCUCUCCCAGCAAGUACAAGUGGAAGGCUUCCAGCCCCUCGGCCUCCUCUUCUUCCUCUUUCCGUUGGCAGUCUGAGGCUGGCAGCAAGGACCAUACUUCUCAGCUCUCCCCAGUUCUAUCUAGGCCCCCAUCAGGGGACAGAUCAGCAGGGGUACCCAGCAACUCGAAGCCCCUCUUUGGAGAGUCACAGCUCUCAGCUUACAAAGUGAAGAGCCGAACCAAGAUUAUCCGGAGGCGGGGCAGUACCAGCCUUCCUGGGGACAAGAAGAUCAGCCCCUCAGCUGCCACCACCAACAAAAACCAUCUUACCCAGCGACGGAGACAGGCCCUCCGGGGGAAGAGUAGCCCCAUUCUAAGGAAGACUCCUCAGAAGGGUCUGAUGCAGGUCAACAGGCAUCGGCUGUGCUGUGUGCCAUCCAACCGGACCCACCUCUCCAGCAAGGAAGCUUCCAAUGCGCACAUACGGAUACCGCCCUCCAAUAAGGUGAUCAAGACCCGCUACCGCAUUGUCAAGAAGACCCCAAGCUCUGCCUUUGGUGUUCCGUCCUUCCCCUCAUCUAUGCCCUCCUGGCGGGCCCGGCGCAUCUCGUUAUCGAGGUAGGGAAGACCUUGUCUAGGC